AUGACACUCCGGUUCGGCUACACGCAGCUCUUUCCAUACAAAUCCAUCCUCCUCUUCCUCGUCUUUCUCCACCUGUCAGUCCAUUCGCGGCCCGUUGCUUCCUCGCCAGCCAGCGCCAGAGCUGACACUAGAAUCGGGUCCAGCAGCAGCAGCGAUUGGACAGGCGAUGAUAGCAGCGUCAGCAGGAGGAAGCUGAUUGGUCGAGCUGGUCGCGCUCAGGGAGCAUCAGGAUCGGAGGUGGUACUCUGGGAAGGCGCAUCUGGGGAAUCCGACGGCCCACAGAGGCCCGUGGCGGCUGAUGAAUCCACGACCGCGCGAAUCAAUGGUGCAGAUCUCUCGGUUGUUUCCUUGGGUUUCUAUGCAGGAGGAGGGGAUGUGCGGGGGAGAGGAGGGGGGUGUAAAGGAGGGAGCUGCCCAGAUUUUUCACCCUGCUCAGGUGCCCUGGGGCAGAUUGAGGCAUGCUGGAACAGAGAAUUCGUUGACCUAUUUGAUCAGACCCCCUCCGGGCAGCAGAAAAAGUUCCCUGCAUUCUGCCCGGAGAUCCCAGAUGAGCUUGAGAUGACCAGGGUCGUCCCAGCACAGUGUGCAGAAGCGGUCUUGAAAAUGAAAAGAUUUUUGGAGGAGCAGGCGGAGUGGCCGGAGUCAUUACAGGUGGAAAUACCGGAUCCGGGCAACCUGAAGGAAUGGUCCGGGCAGCUUUUCCGGCUGCAGAACGUGUUCGUGAACUGGAGGGGUCAGGUGUUCAACCAGACGCAUCUGUUUGACGCCGGGAGAUGCAGCGACCAACUGGCUGAUUUCGACUACCCCUCAGGCACCCAGUUUGCCGCCUUCCCUUCCCUCCUCAACCUUCUUUCCGCCGCCCGCUCGCCGUCCGAUGUGGUCUUCUCGGAAAUGGCGGAGAAGCUUCCUCUCUUCCUGUCACUGGCGCCUGCCAUGCUGCUGCUGAGGCGCAUACCAGUUGCAGUGCAGAACAGAAAGUUGGUGCGCGGCAUCUGGCAGGCCGUGGUAGGGUUGAGGCCCACAGCGAGUGCCGUGCAUGCCAUGUCGCACUCCUCACUGCUCUUCGCUCGCACACUCUACAUGGUAAGAGGGGUGCACCCAGGAGGGGUGAACCCAGGAGGGGUGAACCCAGGAGGGGUGAACCCAGGAGGGGUGAACCCAGGAGGGGUGCACCCAGGAGGGGUGAACCCAGGAGGGGUGAACCCAGGAGAUGUCGCACUCCUGCCAUCCAUGCCAUGUCGCAUUCCUGCCAUCCAUGCCAUGUCGCACUCCUGCCAUCCAUGCCAUGUCGCAUUCCUGCCAUCCAUGUCAUGUCGCACUCCUGCCAUCCAUGCCAUGUCGCACUCCUCGCUGCUCUUUGCUCGCAUGCUGUACAUGGUAUGCACGCAUGCUUGUGUAUCUGGCGUGGGGUUUUUCAAGACUUUGAGCCUCCUUCCCCGUUCCCCGUUUCCCCCAUUUUUCCCUCUCUCAUCUUUUGACCGCCUUCUCUACCAGCCGCUAUUUCCCCCAUGCGGCCACCCCAGCCCGUCUCUCCUGCACGCCUUCCGCGCCCGCCACCUCUUCCCCCCCUCCGGCCUGCCGCUCUUCUCUCAAGACGGCUCCUACCGCCCCCCUGCACCUGGGGGUCUGGCAGAACAAGGAGCACACGAUGCAGCAGGGGAGCUGCCUGUGGUCCCUAUGGGAUUUAUGGGGUCUAUAGAUGGGCGUUUGAAGCAUGAUUGGGUGGUGGUGGUGGCGGCUCCCCCAUCCCGUCUGCCCACAGUGCAAGCUGCUGCGCUGGCUGCAGCGCUACGUGCGGUGAAAUGGAUACUGAAGCAGCUCUAUACCGAGGAUAGAGUCGCCGUGUACAGACGAAACAUGCCGCUCCAAGAAGCCAGAGCGCUGUUCCAACGGGCUCUGCUGUUCGUCGCCUGCGAUAAUGCCCUUGUAAACACCCUCUUCAUGCCUUCCCACUCCUCUGUCAUCGAAAUUCGCACCAGCAGCAGCAGCAGCAGCAGCAGCAGCAGCAGCAGCAGCGGUGCAGAGUCAGUGUAUCGGGACGGGGGAAGGCAGCUGUACAGAAACCUAGCGUUGGCAGCAGGUGUGAAGCACUACCUGGUGGAAUGCCCAGAGGAACCAGUGGUGGAGACAGCAGAUGCGGGGGCAGGGAGCGGUGGAGACAGAUGGGGAGAGGUCGGGAGUGGUGGAGGUGGCGGCGAUGGUGAUGCCGGUGCUGGUGCCGGUGGUGCUUCUGGGGUUGCUUUUUGGGAGGAUACAGAGGAGGAGGAUGGGGAUAAAGGUGGUGGGUCGUCAGUGUACUUGCCUAGAGGUUCCCUGGCUUGCGGUAUUGAGCGGUUGAGAACGGUCCUGGAAAGCGUUCUCCACGAUGGGUUUGCUUCGGAGAGUUUUGACCCGAACCUCCUCGACAGGUCUGGGGAGGGGUUCCGGACGAAGAUUCCAGGUAGCAAGGUCAGCCGGGCAGGUCUGAAAGAAAAGUUUCUGAAAUGGCAGGAGUGUGUGGCAGCAGAAGGCAGCUGGAAAAUCGACCCGAGGCCGAGGCGAUUACCCUGGGAAUUCAAGGGUUACUCGAAUUACUGCGACAAAAGACACAUGGCAGCAUCCCCUACUGCUGUCGUGGUCUCCAAAGCAGAUCAAAUCGCAGAUUCCAUUAUGAAACUUCCUCCAGAAGAGAGGAAGGUGCGGCAGGAGGAGUGGGACGUACGGCCCCAGCUGAAAUACGUGUGGGACACGGAGGGUAAGUGUGGGGCAUGGGAUGCUUUUGAUGGCCCAGUGGUGUGUGACUGGGUGAGAGGGAGAAGGUGGAAUGGAACAGGAAUGCCGCUGACAGAAGAGGAGGAGGAGGAGAGGGAAGAGGCGGCUUUCAAAGGGGAGGCUGUGAGGGAGAAGGGCGACGGGAGCGGCGCGCUUGUACUCCUUAUAGGCGAUUCGUUACAGGAGCAGUUUGUGCGCGUGCUGGUGAACAACAUGCUUACACAUGUAAAGAAACCCGCCACGUGGGCCGUGGAGGAAACGAUCCCAAAGGAAUGCAGCGAGCUGAUCGAACCAGACCAUGCCAGGCACUCUUUCUGUCGAGACUACAAGCUGCACAGCAACGUGUGCGCCAAUCUCACCAUCCGGUUCAUUCGCCACGACUACCUCCAGCUCUCCAACUCGCAGAUCAAGUUCGACCGAGUCCCCUUCGCCCGCCUCUCUUUGCUCACCGGCGCCCGCGUGGUUAUACUGAAUCGCGGCGCGCACUACCGCCCGGACCGACACUUCAUCUCAGCGGUCCGUUCGACGGUGCGAUUUCUCCGGAACAAGCUCCCGGACGCGCUCUUGAUCUAUCGAACCACCGUGCAAGGCCAUGCCAACUGCUCGGAACACGACAAGCCGCUGCUCGUGCCGGGUCCCACGGACAACCUGCCGUUCUUCUGGGGGAAGUUUCACGAGCAGAACGAGCUGGCGCGGGCGGCAGUGGAGGAGGUGGGCGGCGUGUACUUGGAUGUAGCGGCGAUGACGGUGCUUCGUCCGGACUCGCAUCAGGGGUUCAUUCCGGAGUUGAACCACGAGGACUGCUUGCAUUACUGCAUUCCAGGCCCGCAGGACCUGUGGGCCCAGAUGCUACAGAACGUGCUGCUGCAAUUACUCCCAGAGCCGGCGCCUGCUGUUGACGCCUAG